CAUACACCUAUCGUUCGUAACUUGAUUGCGAUUUUGUGGCAGCAAGAAAAAACCGUCUUCGAUUGUGUUUGUUGUGCAGCAAGCCUGCAACCAGCUCUGCAAUAUACACGUUCGAUUUAAUUCCUUCGCGAGUGCCGACGGACAACUCCUACUAGGUUGGUUAUCGCGUAGUGAUUUCGACCCCGAUAUCAUCUUGCAGAGUGUGAAGAUUGCAGUAUCCUUCAUCCAAGUUAGAUAUUUGUCUGAUUCAAUUUUCAACGCGACAGUGAAUUCCCCGAAGCAGUCAUCUUUUAUUCCGUACGACGAGAGCGAGAGCUAUUACCGACAGCUAGGUACUUUUACAUCAGCAGUAAGAAAAAGUAUCUUAUAAAAACGAACCUCUUUUGGUCGCCUGUGGACUAAAAAUCGAGAGUGGAAGUGCGGGAGGUACUAUAGAUUGCGAAUGAAAGUGCAGUGAAAAGUGCAAAUUUUGACCCCUUUCGAAUUAUAACGUGAUAUAAUCAGCAGGGAAAGUUUUCAAUCUAUGCGUUGCCAAGUCUGUCCGUCCAGGCCCACUCACAGGAUGUGAAAUAUUGAUGUCAGAAAAUGUCGAAAAGUUUGCUGGCGAAUAUUGCAGAAAAGGGUUGCAUACAUGAAUAACUAACCACAGAGUAUCGGAUUAAGAUUUUGUCUGGCGCCAGUGAGCCGCGAAAUUUCACGGUAAAGAAAUUCGAAAUAUCUACCCCAAGGGAGGAGCCUGCAGCGGAACGGGACGAAGUGGCAGUAGGACAGGACAGCUCCCGCUGAAUUCGUCACGAUAGUGCAUUUGGCUUGGCUUGGCUUGGCCUUUCGGGUGACCACUCCAAUUAGAAAAAAUUCAAUUACCGCCGCUUAAAUACCGUUCGUCGAGUGGACUUGCAACUGUGCAUAUGUACGUUCAUUCUACUACGUAGUAGGCAGUAGUAGUCAUUACCAGGUCUGCCGACCGGCCGGUUGUCGUCUGCAAGGCGGGCAAAAGGAUGGUGAACUGAUUUCUCAGUGAGUUCUGUGGUGCUGCGUUAGCCGUCGAACAAACAAACAAAAAAAAAAAGAAGGGACCAACCCAGCGAACGACCUUUGAAUGUUCACACACGUUCACGACUUGUAUGCCAAUUAGAUUUUGAGGAUGUUGUUGUCAAACGACUAUUUCAAUAAGAGAAACCCUCACCAGCGAAAUCUUAAAACCACCAUACUGACGAACUUCAUCAAAAAGAUGGCCUUCACUGGAUCCCUGCGGAAGACGCUGUUCGGACUGCUGCUGGUGAUGGUAUUUCUGGUGAUGGUGCUCUACUGGAAUGAAAAUCAGAGCCCACUGAAACCUGCCACCCAGACGUUGCUGUUUGCGGGUAUCUUCAAUCGGGAUGCUAGCGCAGGUGGUGGAGCUGGAGGAGGUUUACUAAAUGGACCCCCACCGCGGCCAAAGAUAAAUCCUUCGGAAAAAAUGUGGACCUACAAGUGUGUGAACAAUCGCUGCAUUCGGCAACAUUACGUAGAUAAAGCGGAAAAUGCCGGAGGUAAGCGAGUACCCUUUCUCACCUGCACGAUGACCUGCGGUCCGAUUAAUAUCUGGCCCCAACCGACGGGAAAGACUACAAUAGGAAGUAAGGUUUCACGCUUCCGCGUGUCGGAUUUAAGUGUAUACAUAAAAACUAGCUUCAAACCGGUGGAAAAUCUGCUGAGGCAAGCUUUCGAUGUGUUCCGGGAAGAAUUGCGAGCUGUUCUCAUGGCCCACGGAGUCAGCAAAGAAGACGCGGCGAGUUAUUCCUCCAUGGCAGAUGCUAGCGAGGGGACUAGAGGAAAAACGUCCGAAGGAGCUCUGUCGGAUGAUCCAGGGAUGAUUCGCUUCUACAAAGCAGAAGAUAAUAACCGUUACGACCUGGAUAAGUUCGAUGUUAGGAUCACGGUUCAAAAGUCACCGGAUAUUUUCCUGUCGCUGCACACAGAUGAAAGCUACAAUUUAACUGUGACACAUACGGCACGUACCUUGUCGGUGAAGAUUUUUGCCAACAGUUUCUUCGGCGCAAAGCACGCUCUCACCACACUGCAGCAACUGGUGUGGUACGAUGAUGAGGAGCGCCUCCUGAAAAUACUCAACAAAGCCUUAAUUGAAGAUGUGCCAAGAUUCAACUUCCGUGGCCUUAUGCUGGACACAUCGAGACACUAUUUUUCCGUAGAGUCGAUAAAGCGAACACUUGUCGGAAUGUCCCACUCCAAGCUCAAUCGGUUCCACUGGCACAUUACGGAUUCGCAAAGUUUUCCGCUUGUGUCAAAGCACUAUCCUCAGUUGGCUCAUUACGGGGCUUACUCGGAUAAUGAAGUUUACACCAGCGAUGACGUGCGGGAAAUCGUAGAAUUUGCAAGAGUGCGUGGUAUUCAGAUCAUACCGGAAAUCGAUGCACCAGCUCAUGCCGGCAACGGAUGGGACUGGGGACCGAAACACAACAUGGGAGAACUAAGCUUGUGUAUCAACCAGCAGCCGUGGAGUUACUACUGCGGGGAACCACCCUGCGGUCAACUGAAUCCGAAAAACAACAACACUUAUCUGAUACUGCAAAAGCUAUACGAAGAGCUGUUGGAUCUUACAGGGCCAUUGGAUUACUUUCACUUGGGAGGAGACGAAGUGAACCUGGAAUGUUGGCAGCAACAUUUUAACGAGUCUGACAUGCGAACGCUGUGGUGUGAUUUUAUGCAGCAGGCUUACCACCGGCUACAAGUAGCAAAUCAAGGCAUCGCACCGAAAUUGGCCGCUGUCUGGUCUAGCGGACUGACCAACUAUCCGUGUCUUUCGAAAAACGCAUUUGCAGUACAAAUAUGGGGCGGCAGUAAGUGGCAGGAAAAUUACCAACUAAUCAAUGCAGGUUUUCAACUAGUGAUAUCACACGUGGAUGCCUGGUACUUGGACUGUGGCUUCGGUAGUUGGCGAUCGACGGCUGAGGGUGCCUGCUCUCCGUACCGGAACUGGCAAACGGUGUACAAACAUCGACCGUGGGAUGAGAUGAAACUGACCUCGCUCCAGAUGCGUCAAAUUCUCGGCGGCGAGGCAUGCCUGUGGACGGAACAGGUCGACGAAUCCACGCUGGACGCCCGCCUGUGGCCGCGAGCAGCCGCCUUAGCCGAACGACUGUGGACCGAUCCGGUCGAGGAAAUUUACAGCGAAUCGGUGCCGAAGGAAACCUUCAAUCGAAUGUCUGUCUUCCGAAAUCAUCUGCUCGAGCUGGGCCUCCUAGCGGAGCCUAUAUUCCCGAAGUACUGCGCUCAGAAUCAGGACGAGUGUGUAUGAUAUUUCGUGAAUCCCUUCUACUAGAUCCUAUGAAAAAAAUGUGCGAUGUUUGUUGCUAGGUUUUUGUAAGAGUUGUACAUAUUUGUAAAACCGCUUAGGAUAGGCAACAAUUGAUUAUGGUUUCAGCAAAUAGCGCGCACCUAUUAUAGUUUAGCAAUAGCGUAAAAAGUGCAAGCAAAAGUGAGAAACUAGUGUCUACCAAACACUACACACACAGAUGGUUGUAAACUAAGCAGGACGAGACAAAACGUGCGUUCACAUGAUAUUUCAAAAGUGGUAUAUUUUAAUACUAUAUUUUAGGACCUUAACUAAGUGUCACGGAUAAAGCUGCCUUGUCGCGUGAUCUGUUGUAGUAGUAGCGAUGAUAAAUGAGCUAGGAAUACAGUGAGGCUUAAACGCCAUUUAAACGACGGGCCAAAAUGCCACGAAACACCAUAGGUACUUACUGUUAGAAGCUGUAAGUUUUAGUCUUACCGUUGCAAUUUUCAGUGAAAUCAGUCAGAUCAACUUGGCAGUAUUUUUGUUCUAGCUAAAUAAACAAUUAUGUGCAAACUUAAAUCUCAUUAAAGAACGACGAUUAGGUAUUAUAGUUAGAGCUGUUAUGUCAAUUGUAAAUAGCAAGCAAAUUAUGUUCAAAUGCCUUUGAAGCAACGUUUUUGCUUUCCAAUAUUUUAAGGGAGCGAAUUCAAAAAUUGUUAGAAUUUAUCGAAAACAAAACAAGCAUGCAAACAAACAAACUAGAUUUUUCGUUGUUAUAAGUUAUGACAAAAGCUGUAAAGCUUAAUUCAGAGUUGUGUAAAAUCUGGUUGAGUUGAUUGUAGAUAAAAACCUAAUUAAAUUGCGAUAAAUCUAUUACCAAAGCAAGGCGUUUGAUCUGGCUCUUGUGCUCUCUUUUUGUUAGGAAGUUGGAAAUAAAUUAAAUUCUU